AUGGCUGGUGCUCUUACCUCGGGCGGCAACUCUGCCUUCCGCAACCACAACAAUGACUUUGCUCAUAUUGAGGAUCCCAUUGAGCGUCGUCGCCUCGCUCUAGCGGAGAUUGACAAUGCCAAGUUCGGCUGGUACCACGUUCGUGCCAUCGUCGUGGCCGGUGUUGGUUUCUUCACCGACUCCUAUGAUAUCUUCGCUAUCAACUUGGCUUCCAGCAUGUUGGGUGUCGUCUUCUGGCAGGAUGCCAAGUCCAGCCCUGGCAAGAUCCCUUCCACUGCCGAUACUGCCAUCAAGGUCUCUACCUCCGGUGGUACUGUCAUCGGUCAGCUUCUCUUUGGUUGGCUGGCGGACCGAAUCGGUCGUAAGCGCAUGUAUGGUAUUGAGUUGAUCAUCAUCAUCAUGGCCACUCUCGCUCAGGCUCUUUCUUCCGACUCUCCUGCUAUCUCUAUCGUUGGUAUCCUCAUCUUCUGGCGUGUCAUUAUGGGUGUUGGUAUUGGUGGCGACUACCCUCUUUCCUCUAUCAUCACAUCUGAGUUCGCUACGACGAAAUGGCGUGGUGCUAUGAUGGGUUCCGUCUUUGCCAUGCAGGGUAUCGGUCAGUUCGCGGCUGCCAUCGUGGCCCUGAUUGUGACCGUCGGCUUCAAGGAAUCUCUGGAGACUGCUACCUCCGUUGGCAAGUGUUCCGGUGUUUGCCAGCUCGCUGUUGAUAAGAUGUGGCGUGUCGUCAUCGGUUUCGGUGCCGUUCCCGCUUGCAUUGCCCUCUACUACCGUCUCACUAUCCCCGAAACCCCCCGCUAUACCUUCGAUGUCGCUCGUGAUAUCGUCAAGGCCGAUGAGGAUGUCCGUGCCUACAUUGCUGGUAAGCGCGAGGGCCACCCCGACGAGGUCCGUCGUGCUUCCGUCAUCCAGAACCAGACGAGCGAUCUGGUUGCCCCCAAGGCCAGCUGGGCCGAUUUCUGGCGCCACUAUUCCCAGUGGAAGAAUGGCAGUAUCCUCCUCGGUACCGCCGGUUCUUGGUUCUUCCUUGAUGUUGCCUACUACGGUCUUGGUCUCAACAACUCUAUUAUCCUUGCUGCCAUUGGCUGGACUGGUGGUAGCACCGUCUACGAGACCUUCCGUCGCAAUGCCGUUGGUAACCUGAUCCUGAUUUGUGCCGGUGCUAUUCCUGGCUACUGGGUGACCGUCGCUACCGUCGAUACCAUUGGACGUAAGCCCAUCCAGCUCAUGGGCUUCACCAUCUUGACCAUCGUCUUCAUCGUGAUCGGGUUUGCCUACGACCCUCUGCUCAAGUCCAACAACGGUCUGUUGGGUCUCUACGUCGUUGCCCAGUUCUUCUUCAACUUCGGACCCAACGCCACGACUUUCAUCGUCCCCGGAGAGUGCUUCCCUACCCGCUACCGUUCCACUUCUCACGGUAUCUCUGCCGCGUCCGGCAAGGUUGGUGCCAUUAUCGCCCAGUGUGUCUUCGGACCUCUGGUUCACAAGGGCGCCAAGGACUCCUCGUCCACCCCCUGGCUCAAGCAUGUCAUGCAAAUCUUCGCUCUGUUCAUGCUCUGCGGUGUCUUCACCAGUCUGCUCAUUCCCGAGACCAAGCGCAAGACCUUGGAGGAGCUGUCCGGUGAAGAUCAAAACACUCUCGUCACUCCUUCUCCCAUGAUUCACCCCGAGAAGGUUUCCAACGAGAACAGCCCCGAGACCCUGCCCGUUUAA